AUGUCCAACGGCAUGGUGAGCGUUACAUUUUCAAGCCCAGAAGGUGCGGUCACAGGAAUUAAAUAUGGUACCAUUGAAAAUAUACUUGAUACAACUAAUCGUGGGGAUAAUAGAGGAUAUUGGGAUGUUGUCUGGAAUGCUGAUGAAACUUUUAUUCAAAAUUUCAGGCUUCGUGGUACAAGAUUUAAGGUCAUUGAGCAUAAUGAAGACCAAAUAGAGAUUUCAUUUAGCAGGACAUGGAAUUCAAAUGUUGAGGUUCCUUUAAAUAUUGAUAAAAGGUUUAUUAUGCGCAGCAAAAGUUCUGGAUUUUAUGCUUACGGCGUAUUCGAGCGUCAAAACAAAUUUUCUGCGUCAAGGAUUGACCAGAUCAGGAUCGUCUUCAAACUUCGCGAGGAUUUGUUCGAUUAUAUGGCCAUUUCGGAUAAAAUACAAAAGGUAAUGCCAAGUAGCCGUGAGCGAGCCAAUGGUCAGGCCCUUAACUACCCAGAAGCGGUUAGAUUGAAAAAUGGGCAGGUUGACGACAAAUAUGAAUACUCUUUGAACAAUGAAGAUAAUCGUUUGCACGGAUGGAUAAGUAGAGAAAAAGGAGUCGGGUUUUGGAUAAUCACGCCAAGUAACGAGUUCCGAACUGGUGGACCUCUAAAACGAGACCUCACGUCCCAUUGUGGCCCCACGGCACUAUCUAUGUUUGUUAGCACUCAUUAUACUGGACUUCCUCUAGCCAUGCACUUCGAAAACAAUGAACCAUGGAAAAAGGUUUUUGGUCCUGUUUUCGUCUACCUUAACGCUAAUAAGGAAACUCAAUCAAUGUGGGAAGAUGCAAAAGCACAGAAAAAUGAAGAAAUAAAAAGUUGGCCAUACAACUUUCCGCGUUCUGAAGAUUUUCCACACUCCGAUCAGCGAGGAGCGGUAAGCGGAAAAUUAAACGUUCGAGACGGAUAUAUUAGAUCAAAAACUCUACAAGGUGCCCAUGCUUAUGUGGGAUUGGCUAGACCAGGGGAUGCUGGUUCAUGGCAAUAUGAAAGCAAGGGUUAUCAGUUUUGGACUAGAGCAGAUGAUGAAGGGAAUUUUAUUAUUGAAGGUGUUAGACCUGGAGAUUACAACUUGUUUGCUUGGGUCCCUGGAUUUAUCGGGGAUUACAAAUAUGACCGUAAUGUUACCAUUUCACCAGGAUCCAAAACACAUUUAGACAACAUUUUGUACGAGCCCCCAAGGGUCGGAACGACUCUAUGGGAGAUAGGAUAUCCGGAUCGCACUGCUGCCGAGUUUUAUAUCCCUCAACCUAAUCCAUACCAUUCUAACUAUUUGUUUAAUGACUUCGACAAAUACAGACAAUAUGGACUAUGGAAUCGUUAUACUAAUAUGUAUCCUGAUCAAGAUCUAGUCUAUACGAUUGGAUCUAGUGACUCCUCGAAAAAUUGGUUCUUUGCUCAUGUUACUAGAUAUUCGCAAAAUGUGUUUGAAGGCACUACGUGGCAAAUUGCUUUUGAUCUAAAGAAUGUUGAGAAAACGGGGAACUACACUCUCGUAGUGGCAAUUGCAGGUGCAUCCGGGGCUGAGCUACAGGUGCGGGCGAAUAAUUAUGCAAAGGAUCGACCAUAUUUCACAACUGGUUUGAUUGGAACCGAAAAUGUUAUAGCAAGACAUGGUAUUCAUGGACUUUAUAGGCUCUAUAGCGUUUCCUUUGGGGCAGACCAAUUACUCGAGGGUAAGAAUGUGAUCUAUCUAAAACAGACCAGAGGCAAAAGUCCAUUCAAUGGGCUCAUGUAUGAUUACAUCCGUCUCGAAGCCCCUUCUAUAGGGAAAUGA